AUGGAUUGCGACCAUCUCCAGGACUUCGUCGUCCCUGAAAGUAUCCGAUUCAAGGAUUGGGCCGAUCACUCAUCGACGCUCCUCCUCUUCCCGGUCGAGAUCCUCCUCGGGGUGUUCCCGCAUCUCGACCGGACUGAUGCCGUUUGCCUGGCUCUCUCCUGCAGACGGCUUCUCCAAGUAUCCUCCCUCGCCCACCUCAAGGUCCCUUCAGCAAGCCAUCAUCGCGCCAACAAGAUCCCCGGGUGUGGCGAAGCCAUGAAGCUCCUCAACCGGGUCGAGGCACCCGGGACGGACUGGCGGCUCUGCAUGGACUGCUUGCGCUGGCGGUUCAAGGACAGCAGCGACGAGGAUGAAUUCCCGAUCAACGAGGGCUGCGCCCAGGCUUGGAGGGUCUUCGGUUCAGACUGCCCCGAUUGCGCUGCUACGAUGGAGGAUACACCGAUGUCAAACGCCGAGUAG